GUAAAGCCCGGAGGCGGCGCCGCCUCUCGAGGCUGAGCCCUGGCCCGGCGCCCGCAGGAUGGCGGGUGCUGCCGCUGCCUCUGCCUCCCGCGUGCACUACCUGUCCGACUUCUGCUGUCCGCUCGGAGGCCGUGCGGGGGCCAAGCCGCAUGUGCUGCGUCACCAGGCGGAGGUCUUCCUGUCCACCGGGCGCGAGUUCGUCUAUGUGUACGACCAGGAGGGCGGGGUGCUGACGGCGGUGUACCAGUUUCCCGACCAGGUGUGGCACCUGCAGCUGCUGGCGAUCCGCAGGGCGCUCUACGUCCUGUGCGCCCGGACCGGCAUCUACUGUCUGUCGCUGGACAACCGGGACAGGUCUGUGAUCCAGGCCUGUGAGGACAAGGAGGACGACACUUGCUCUACCCCUGUGAUCCAUGUGGACCCAGACGCCUGUGUCCUCCCCAACGCUGCGCUCUGUGCCUUCACCGUGCUCGAUGACAUGCUGGUCACCCUGGUGCAGGGCCCCACCCAGUGGAAGAUGCAGCUGUUUGAGCGUCCCUGUCCAGGGGAGGAGCCUGGGCUUGGAGGCCAGAUUGGCGAGGUGGAGCUGUCCACCUGCACCCCUCCAGGUGGGGUGCCCGGGAAGCCCUCAGCCCCCUGCUUCCUGCCGGUGCUGUCCUGCGCGUUCCCACCAGACUCCGGGGCUCCUCACGGUCACCCCCAGGGCUGUGGCUGCUUCACGCUGGAGGAGGCCCUCUUUGGCCUGCUCUUUGGAGCCGAUGCGGCCCUCAUGCAGUCCCCCGUGGUCCUCUGCGGCCUCCCUGACGGCCAGCUUUGUUGCGUGGUCCUGAAGGCCUUGGUUACCUGUGGGUUAGCCCCCGGCGACCCCAAGGCCUUAGUCAAGAUCCUCCAUCACCUGGAGGAGCCUGUGGUCUUCAUUGGGGCCCUGAGGGCAGAGCCACACGCUGAGGAAGAAGCAGGAGAGCCUCUGCCCGAGGAGAAUGUACACUCUGACUGCCUGGUGGCCCUGGGCCACCAAGGCCGGACACUGGCCAUCAAGGCCAGCUGGAGUGAGUCGGGGAACCUGGUACCAGACCUUCGUGAGUACUGCCUCCCGGGGCCUGUGCUCUGUGCUGCCUGUGGCGGGGACGGCCUCAUGUACCACAGCACCCCCUCAAACCUCUGUGCUGUAGACCUGACCCGGAGAGACGCUCCCUGGAACCCUGAGAAGCCAGGCGGGGCCGCGGGAGGCCUGCCCUCCACGCUGUGCCCAGCCAGUUUGAACAUCUGCAGUGUCGUCACUCUCUGUGUGUCGUCAAGGGCACCCACAGGUGGCGCCGAGCUCCUAGCCCUGUCUUCUAAAGGGCGCCUGAUCACCUGCAGCCUGGGCUUGAACUCUGAGGUACCUGUGCCUCCCAAAAUGACUAUGGCAAACGCAGGCCAGAAAAUUAAGGAGCUGCUCCUGGACAUCGGUGAUGUCUCUGAGAGAGUGUCCUUCCUGAAGAAAGCUGUUGACCAGCGCAACAAGGCCCUAACAAGCCUCAACGAGGCCAUGAACGUGAGCUGUGCCCUGCUGUCCAGCCAGGAGGGCGUGCGGCCCAUCUCAUGUACCAUCGCCACCUCCUGGAGCCGCCUGGAGUUACGAGACGUGCUGAUGGCCACCUGCACGCUCGAGAACGGUAGCAGCUUCAGCCUGGACCAGGGCUGGACCUUGUGCAUCCAGGUGCUAACGAGCUCCUCCGCCUUAGACCUGGACGGGGCCGGCUCGACUUUCACCUACACCAUCCCAGUGGACAGACUCGGCCCAGGCAGUCGGCGCGAAGUGACAUUGCCCCUGGGCCCCAGCGAGAGCGGCGCGCUCGACCUGCCGGUGACCAUGUCCUGCUGGCUCUUCUACAGCCUCAGGGAGGUGGUGGGCGGGGCCCUGGCCCCCUCCGACCCGCUAGAGGCCCCCUAUCUGGAGAAGCUCCCACUCAACCUCCCUAAGCAAGAUGGCGUCUGCCUGCCCCUGUGCAAGCGCACGGUGGACAUGCUGCAGUGCCUGCGCUUCCCCGGCGCGGCCUCGCAACCUGCCCAGGCCCCCUGCGUGCCGGGCCCUGCCCGCGAGCCGGUGGAGACCUUCCUGAAGACCUGCCAGGCCCCCGGCGGCGAGCCAGCCGGCGCUGCCGCCUCCCUUCGGGCCAAGUACCUGCCUCCGUCCACGGCGUCCAUCAGAGUGUCGGCGGUGCUCCUCAGAACCGCCCUGGAGGGCGGCCACUCAGGUUCCCACCUGUGCAGCGCCACCCUGCAGUGGCUCCUUGCCGAGAAUGCCGCCGUGGCUGUUGUGAGGGCCCAGAAACUGUCCUCCAUCCAGGGAACAGCACCGGACGGCACCGACGUCAACCUCAUCGUCCAUGAGGUAGCUGUGACUGAUUUGAGCCCCGCGGGGCCCAUCCAGGCUGUGGAGAUCCAAGUGGAGAGCUCCUCCCUGGCCAACAUGUGCAGGGCACACCACGCUAUCAUCAGGCGAAUACAGACCAUGGUCACAGAGCAAGCUGCCCAAGGUGCCAGCCCACCUGACCUCCGAAUGCAGUAUCUACACCAGAUCCAUGCCAACCACCAGGAACUGCUUCGUGAGGUGCAGACACUGCGUGACCAGCUGUGCACGGAGGAUGAAGUCAGAUCCUGCUCCACAGCCCAGAAGCUCCUGCAGGUUUACAAGCAGCUGCGCAACCCUAGCCUCGUCCUGUUGUGACCAGAUGGGUCCUGGUCCUCUUCCUCCAGUGCGCCAGCCUUCGUGGCUCUACGCGGGCCGGAAAGGAUACUCUUUGGCUCCCUGGCUCAGGCAGCUGCGCCUCCUGGCUGGUCAGCCAGAAAGGCCGAGAAAGUGGGGUGUGAGGAGGACCCGGGCAGUGCCUGAACCCACUAGGGUUUGCUGCCUCUCAUGCUCUCCUCCCUCCCUCCCUCCCGGCACAGCUGCUGGCCAGCCUCUCCUCACUGCGGGACUCACUUCAGGAUGAGCUCUGGGGCGUGCCUGGGGGCACCUCCCCGCCCCCACUGAUGGGAGACACCGCUGCCCAAGUGCCCGGACCAUGAGGACACAGUGUUUCUGGGGUCUGGACUUGUGGGUUUGGGACUGUUCUGCCGCUGACACACACACCCCGCCCCCCACCCGCCCGCCGUGCCCCAGGAGCGCUGGCUGCCCCUCCGGAGCCACCAGGCGGCAGAGUGCCCACCGCAACCAAAGCACAAAGACCAUGGGAAGGCUCCCACAGCCCCGGUGUCCCAGCCUCCUCCUUCAGCUGGGCAGUGCCCUGCUGCUGGGGCGGGGUGGGGCGGGGCUGCUCUCACUGUCGGGGGAGGGGGAGAGCGUGUCUGCUCCUGUGGAGUGCUGUCUGCGGUGCUGUGCCGACUAGCUGCCCUUUUCAUGGCGUCCCAGAUGUCAGCUGAUGUUUACUCACCUCUUGCCCUCUUCAGAGUCCGCCGCGCCCUUGGCCCUGAUAACAAAGGGCCGUUCUCGCCGUGCCCAGCUACCUCCUCCAGGGCUCCUCUCACAGGGUAUUUAUUUACAUGGGGGUCUGUCCAUCCCACAGGACAGAGCCCUCCCCCCUCCCCCCGGAGGCAGCCAGGAGAUGGAAUGGCCUCCCUCGACACAAGCUGGAGUCUGUGCCAGCCUGGCUUCUGUAACGGGGUGCAGAAGGCUCGCCUCCACUGCCGGGCUGCUGCGAGCCCUGCCCAGAGCUCGUCUCCAAGGCCACCCCUGCCACCUCCUGACUGGAAGCCUCCAGCUGCAUCACGUAGUGUGUGUGCAUGACUGUCUGCUCUGAGCAAGUUGGAGAGGCUGGCGGGAGGGGGGGGUCUCCCCGGGUAACCUGACUUCUGUCUCUGUCACAGGUGACAUUUUUCUAGUGUCCCCUACUUGCUAUUAUAGUCCACAUAAACUGCAA